GAGAGGGAGGCGAUGAUGGAGCGAGAGAAAUGAGGAAGCAUGUAGGUGCAAACCUUCAGUUCUCCAGUGCAUGCAUCCCCGUCGAAGCACCUCUCUUCUCUGGUCAAUGUGCUUGCUCAAGCACACACAAUACAUCAAACACUGUCAGACAAAUGAACAACGUAAGCACAGGAAAGCCUAUGGACUGAAGCAUGGACGAUGUUGCCAGAGGGAAUCAGGCAGAGGUAUGGGGAGCUGCCAGGGGAUUUAGUGCUAGUGGACCUGGAGAAGGACCAACAGGGCUUGGGACUGAGCCUGGCUGGGAAUCGCGACAGGAACCAGAUUAGUAUCUUUGUGGUUGGGAUCACUGCAGGUGGCCCAGCAUACAGAGAUGGCCGCAUCCAUGUGGGAGAUGAGCUGCUGGAGAUCAACAACCAGGUGCUGUAUGGUAGAAGUCACCAGAGUGCUUCAGCAAUUAUAAAAACUGUUUCACUGAAGGUCAGGAUUCUCCUCAUCAGGAACAAAGAUGCCAUCAAUCAAAUGGCUGUCCCUGCAUUUCCUACGCCACCUCCUUUUAUUUUGUGCAAUGAAGAACUGGUGUCCAGUAGUGUUGCGCCUCUGGAAGAAGUUGGAAAGAACCUGGAAAUGGAGAAGUCUUUAAACCAAAUGUCUAUAGAAAGAAAAGAGGAGGCUCCUGAUGAGGUGCAAACCAAGACCUUCUUGCCGUCUAACCUUAAGUCAUUGGAGAGGGAUAAAACGGUUCCUGACGAGGAGCCAACCAAGACCUUCUCAAAGCCGAUUGACAGUCUUCCUAAUAGCCCUCAGACCAACAGUGAACUUCCUGUGAAAUCUUUGGAUACUUCCUCCUCGAUAUCAGCAGCACCCCCUACCUGCACCAAUCCAGACUUUGAUUAUUGUAGUAAAGAUCCUACCAUAAGUCCCAUCUUGCCCGGGCAGGAGACUGUCAUUGAGAUUUCUAAAGGUCGCUCUGGACUUGGUCUCAGCAUUGUUGGUGGCAAAGAUACCCAGCUGGAUGCUAUUGUGAUUCAUGAGGUUUAUGAAGAAGGAGCAGCAGCAAGGGAUGGGCGUCUGUCGGCUGGAGACCAGAUACUGCAGGUGAAUGGAGUGGAUUUGCGUAGCGCAACGCAUGAUGACGCCAUUUCUGCUCUGCGGCAGACUCCAGCCAAAGUGCAACUGACAGUUCUGCGAGAUGAGGCACAGUACCGGGAUGAAGAGAGCCUGGAUGUGUUUGCUGUAGAGCUACAGAAGAAAGCUGGACGUGGCCUUGGCUUCAGCAUUGUGGGCAAGAGAAAUGGUAUAGGUGUGUUCAUCUCUGACAUAGUUCGGGGUGGAGCAGCUGAUGUUGAUGGCCGUUUAAUGCAGGGGGAUCAGAUCCUUGCUGUGGAUGGAGAAGACAUGAGGCAGGCAUCCCAAGAAACAGUUGCAGCUAUUCUCAAAUGUGCCAGGGGAAAGGUGGUGUUGGAGCUUGGGCGACUGAAGGCCGCUUCUUGGGUGUCAUACCAUCACAGCUCUAAGGCAGGCCAGAUAAUACCAAAUACCAACAGCAGCAGUGCCACCUACGCUUCUCUGGCAGCAAAUCCCAUCCAAAACACCCUCAAGCCUGCCAAUGGCAUGUCCACCAAGAGCUCAGGACCUGAUACAGGCCUUCGUACUGUGGAGAUAAAACGAGGUCCUAAUGAUGCACUAGGCUUCAGUAUAGCAGGAGGGAAAGGCAGUCCUUUGGGGGAUAUUCCUAUCUUUGUGGCAAUGAUCCAAGCCAAUGGUGUGGCAGCUAAGACACACCGGCUCAAGGUGGGUGACCGUAUUGUAUCCAUAAACUCACAGACUCUGGAUGGACUUUCUCAUGCAGAGGUGGUCAACAUGCUGAAGAAUGCCUAUGGAGAUAUCAUCUUACAGGUGAUAGCAGACACCAACAUCAGUGCCAUUGCCAGUCAGGUGGAGAGCAUGUCCACCAGCAUCAGCAGCACUGCCAACCUUGAGGCCCCAAGCAGUGAGCCUGAAACUCCAAAGCCAAAAAAUGUCACAUUGGAGAGGGGUGCUGAAGGCCUGGGCUUCAGUAUUGUUGGAGGCUUUGGUAGCCCUCAUGGUGACCUACCUAUCUACGUCAAAACUGUAUUCAGCAAGGGGGCCACAGCAGUGGAGGGUCGUCUGAAGCGUGGUGAUCAGAUCCUCUCUGUUAGUGGUGAAUCCCUGGAAGGGGUGACUCAUGAGCAAGCAGUGGCAAUCCUGAAGAAGCAGAGAGGGGUAGUUACCCUAUCUGUCUUGUCCUGACCUCUUCAACAACUCAACUCAUCCCCAGUCAAACCAGGACAUACAGUGCCUAUAAACAAUAAUCACCCCCCCUGGAUAUUUUCCCUUUUAUUGCUUUAAUAAAUUCAAUCAAUAAAGUCAAUUUGUACUUUUUUACAAUAAUUUACAAAAAACUCUCUUUAAUGUCAAAGUUAAAGCAGACUUCUACAAAGUAAUCUUAAUUAAUUACCUGCCCAGGCUAAACUGACAGUUUACAUGAUGAUAAAGGUGUUUGAAUACCAGACAAUCAGAAAGAUGAUCAUUGAAAAUAUAAUGUUCAGAUAUGCGACGACCAGAGCUAGUGAGCGGUGCGAAUAUCCCGCUCCUCGCUCAGGUGGAUGUUCAUUCGGCCGCUCCUCCGCUCAAAUUUGUGUCAGUUCGCUCCGUUCAAUUUCGCAAAUUCAAUCAAUAAAGUCAAUUUGUACUUUUUUACAAUAAUUUUCAAAAAACUCUCUUUAAUGUCAAAGUCAAAGCAGACUUCUACAAAGUAAUCUUAAUUAUUUGCAAAUGUAUAAUGUAGAAUAAGUGGUUCCAUAAAUAUUGAAACAUGGUGGUGGCAGCACCAGGGGGGUGCUUCUCGAUAACAUGCCCUGGAAAGCUUGAAAAGGUAAAGGGUAAAAUAAAUUCAGCAAAAUAUAUGGAAAUCCUGGAAGACAACCUGAUUCAGUCUGCAAGAGAACUACGACUUGGGAGAUGAUUUACUUUCCAGCAAGACAAUGACCUAAAGCAGACAGUGAAAACUACACAGAAAUGGUUUAAAAAGAACAAUGUGAAUGUUUUUGUGUGCCCAAGACCUCAAUCCAAUAGAGAAUUUGUGGCUGGACUGGGCUGCCUGCGCCUAAUCCCUGUGCAACCGGACCAAACGAGCAGUGGAAAAAGAAAAGAAAAAGAAAAUGGAGUAAAAUUGCAGUAUCCACAUGCGCAAGCCUAAUUGUGACGUAUCCACGCAGACUACAUGCUUUAAUUGCAGCCAAAGGUAUAUCUACUGACUUGCAGGGGGUGAAUAUUUAGGCAAUCUCUUAUUUUUUACAUAUUUUUAAUUAACAUUACUUUGUAGAAAUCCACUUUCUCUUUGACAUUAAAGAGAUUUUUGUAAAUUAUUGAAAAAAAGGCCAAAUUAAAUUUCAGUUUAUGAAAGCAAUAAAAUGGGAAAUAUACAAAGGGGGUGAAUACUUUGUAUAGGCACUGUAUGACCUGAGGAACUUUAUAUUAACUUCAAAAUGGAUUUGGGAUGCUUUUGGUUUAAACCUAUCCAGCACCUGCCCAAACUUGAGCCCUUUAAUGUAUGUGAUCUUGACCGCGUGAACAUCUUGUGAAGAGCAGCUUCACCCCAUGGUGGACUGUGCAAGAAGAGAACAAUUUGUUCAGAUACAAAAAAUCAGUAGUGUGCCCUGGUGUUGCCAUGAAUGAAGAUAUUACAAUAACUAAUGAAGAUAUUACAAUAAGAGCCCCAACUAUGCAUAUGAUUAGCACGCUCCAACCACAAACAAGAGCGAAAGUGCCAUCAAGGCAGCUAUCCUGGAUGAUGUGACAUAGCCACAUACACUCAACCAGUUUAAGUGUGUUUUGUACUGCUACCCUGAUUUCAUGACUUAAAUCAGCUGUGCAUAAAUCACCCAGAUGUGUUCUGCAUACAAACUCCCUGCUUUGAAUUUUGAAAAAAUUAUAUUGAUUGUUUUAUUUUUGAAAUAAGCACCACGAUACAGUACAAAGCAAAAGAUUGACUCAAGUGUUAUCUUUAAUAUGUAGUUAGAAAACUCUAUGAUUGGGAGUCACACAAUGCCUCUCUCAUGCAAUAUGUUUUUUUUUAUGAUUGAGCAUGUGUCUUUCAAAUUUUCAUACAUAUCCACAAUGCUGAUGUCCUGAAUCAUACAGUAUGUCCUGAAAGAUUUAGAAUUUUAGUGUCAGAAUAUGUAUUUGUAAUCAUCAUAUUUGACCAGCUACAUAUGUUUGUGCUUUUCAUCAUUUUUAUACCUAUAAUGUAUAGAAGUCCAUAGGACCCAUCAUGGACCAUUAAUUAUCUCUGCCAAGGAGGUUGUUGUCUGUCUGUCUGUCAAUAAGUGGGAUUAUGCAAAAAAUACUAGCCUAGUGUUCACCUUCUUUAUCACCUCACUUUCACUAUCAUUGCAAGAUACAGCAUCUGACAAUUGUAGAGGUCUGUGCACUCUGAGUGCUCCUCUAGUUUAUUGCCAUGCUCGUGGUAGUUUUUUCAUGUUUCUUUCUUUGGAAGACAUCCUAAAUGCUUACAGUUUUUUCUGAUGGCUUAAGCACAUUUUUGUAACUAUUGGCUAUUUUUGCAAAA